UUGAGGGACACCCACACGCAGUUCCAAUCCAGAACCCCUGCAGUGGGUUGCCAGGCUGCAGUGGCUGGCGUCAGGGGUCACUGCUGGAAGAGGAGCACUGUAGGCCAAGAGGGAAGACCUGCCUGGGCAGGUCCCUGUGGGAAUUUCCCCUGCCUCUUGGACCCUUUUCUUCCCCUAGGGUCUUAGUCCCCAGCCCCAGAGAGAGUGUCCAGAAUAUUUAGAGCGGUGUGACCAGGGCAAAGGCAGCCACCAAGCUGAAUGACUGCGAUGGAGGAGCCCACUGCCCUGAGGCUGCAGAAGCUGGAGCAGCAGCGGCGGCGGCUAUUUGAGAAGAAGCAACGACGGAAGCGCGAAGAACCACUCAUGGUUCAGGCCAAUCGCUAUGCGUCCUUGUGGCACGGGCGAUUGCAGUCAGAGCACUUUGCUAGUGACAGAGGCUCUGCUCUCCACGAACACAUGCCAGACGCUCAUCCGGACUCCAGGUUCCACAGCCCCCUGGAUGCCACCAUAAACUGUGAUGGAGAUGGCACCAGGGACUGCUGGGCCCUGGGGUGGCCUACACAAGCAGAGGGCGAUGGGUACGACCAGAGUGAAGCCCAGGAUGUGGAAGAUGAAUACGAGUGGUUCGGGUGGGGAUCAGCCUGUGGAAUGGAUGGUGAUGGGAGAAGACACGGAGACCUGAUAUUCUGCAAGAACAUAGACCCGGAAGAGCAGAGUGAAGAGUCCCACUCUGUGGGAAUAAACUCGCAAGCAGUAGACAACGAGGCCGUGCCCUGGGCCUUGGAAGACGAGGGCAGCCGUGAUGUGGGGAGCGUGGCCAACUCUUCACCUCUGGCCCCGGGCCCUCAGCCAGGCGAGGAUCUGAAGGCGUACAUGCUGCGGCCGCCACAGGAGGGCCACAAGUUGCAGUGCUUCAUCCGCAGGGACCAGCGGGGCAUGGAAAAGGGCCUGUUCCCCGUGUACUACCUCUACCUAGAGGCAGCCGACAGCUGGAAGGUGCGGUCAAGGAGCAAGUCCUCUUCCACAGCACAGGACAAGCACUUCCUCCUGGCUGGGCGCAAGAGAAAGUGGAGUAAAACCUCUAAUUAUCUUAUUUCCUUGGACCCAAUGGACCUAUCCCGGGAUGGGGACAACUUUGUGGGCAAAGUCAGGUCCAAUACCUUGGGCACCAAGUUUGUCAUUUUCGACGAUGGGGUGAAUCCUGAAGACGAAAACUCACACUUGGAUAAGACCCAGAUUAGACAGGAGCUGGGGGCUGUGUGCUAUAAGCCCAAUGUGUGGGGGGCCCGAGGGCCUCGAAAAAUGACUGUGAUCAUUCCAGAAAUCAACAGCCACAAUCAGAGAAUCAGGGUCCAGCCAGAAACCGAAGAGGAAUCGCUACUGAGUCGCUUCCAAAGGGGCGCCAGGCAGGGGUUGGUCCUGCUGCAAAACAAACCACCGGUGUGGAGCGAUGAGAGUGACACCUUCGUGCUCAAUUUUCACGGGCGAGUGACUCAAGCCUCAGUCAAGAACUUCCAGAUCAUCUACCCCAACAAGCCUGACAAGGUGGUGCUGCAGUUCGGCCGUGUGGCUCCAGAUAUAUUCACCAUGGACUUCUGCUUCCCUCUUUGCCCACUCCAAGCAUUCGCCAUCUGCUUGACCAGUUUCGAUGGGAAGCUGGCCUGUGCGUAAUUCAAUAAAAUACCAUUGUU